AGGUCUGGGUCAGCUCUCCCGAGGGGCACAGGGCCCACCCGGGCCCUGAAGCCCCUACGUUGGCCGACCUCCUGUCCUUUGGGGGGGGGGGGGGUCUUCCCCUUGACAGAUGAGUCCCUCCUGCUCCUUCUCCGCCCCUAGCCCCGAAGCAGUCACUUCUAGUGUCCCUCCGCUCCAGUCCGCGACUCGGAGGCGCACUCCUGGUUUCACCCCGCACACAUCACUCUAGCUGCCGCCCACCUAUGUCCAUUCCCGCGCGGGAUCGUCCUGACUGUCCAGCUUUUGCGGGACCACGCAGCUCGAUCCUGGAGAGGCCAUCGCUGAGACAGUGGGGAUGUGGGGCGGGGGGAGUACCGAGACACCCCCUUAGAUUCUGGAGCCUCACCAGCCACCUGGAGAGGCCUAGAUUUGGGGAGGAGGCCAACGAAAGAAACAAGGGAUACUUCAGUCCGGCUUUAGGACCCAGGGGUUCGGGAAAAAAAGACACUGAACUUUUUUCUUUUUUUCUUUCUUUUAAUGGGGGUCAGCUCCAACUUCUCCGCUUUCCCGAACCUCCCUCCCAGGCUGAGGCCCCAGGACGCUGAGCCCCGGGAAAUAGGGAGGGGGGAUCUGGAUCUGGAGUUCUUUGUGGUGCAUUCCUGGACUCCUACACUCAGCCUUGCCCCCUCCUCCCAUUCCACCCUCCGUCCUCCGCCCCGCCAGCUCUUUCUCCCCUGCCCCCAUUCCACGUGGACUAGCCAGGGCGGGGGUGGGGACCAAGGACAGGAAGGGGGGGAGCCAGCUCCGGGAGGAGGGGGAAAGGAGGUUGUCGGCGGCGACUCCCUCGCUCGCCCUCAUUGCCGGCGGUCCCAGCUCCAGGCACUAUGUUCCGCACGGUGCCCCCCAGCCGCACCUUCCUCCGGCUCCCCCUGCUGCAGUUGUUGCUGCUGCUGGUACAGGCAGUGGGGAGGGGGCUGGGCCGUGCUAGCCCGGCCGGGGGCCCCCUGGAAGAUGUAGUCAUCGAAAGGUACCACAUCCCCAGGACCUGUCCCCGGGAAGUGCAGAUGGGGGACUUUGUUCGCUACCACUACAACGGCACUUUCGAGGAUGGCAAGAAGUUUGACUCCAGCUAUGACCGAAGCACCUUAGUGGCCAUCGUGGUGGGCGUGGGGCGCCUCAUCACCGGCAUGGACCGAGGCCUCAUGGGCAUGUGUGUCAACGAGCGGCGACGCCUCAUUGUGCCUCCCCACCUGGGCUACGGCAGCAUCGGUGUGGCGGGGCUCAUUCCCCCGGAUGCCACCCUGUACUUCGAUGUGGUCCUGCUGGAUGUGUGGAACAAGGCAGACACUGUGCAGGUGAGCACCUUGCUGCACCCAGCCCACUGUCCCCGCACGGUCCAGGACAGCGACUUUGUCCGCUACCACUACAAUGGCACGCUGCUGGAUGGCACUGCCUUUGACACCAGCUACAGUAGGGGCGGCACUUAUGAUACCUACAUCGGCUCUGGCUGGCUGAUCAAGGGCAUGGAUCAGGGGCUGCUGGGCAUGUGUCCUGGAGAGAGAAGAAAGAUCAUCAUCCCUCCGUUCCUGGCCUAUGGCGAGAAAGGCUAUGGGACUGUGAUCCCCCCACAGGCCUCCCUGGUCUUCCACGUGCUACUGAUUGAUGUCCACAAUCCGAAGGACACCGUCCAGCUGGAGACACUGGAGCUACCUCCUGGCUGCGUCCGGAGAGCUGUGGCUGGAGACUUCAUGCGUUACCACUACAAUGGCUCACUGAUGGACGGCACCCUCUUUGAUUCCAGCUACUCCCGCAACCACACCUACAACACCUAUGUGGGGCGGGGCUACAUCAUCCCAGGGAUGGACCAGGGGCUGCAGGGCGCCUGCAUGGGGGAGCGCCGGAGGAUCACCAUACCCCCCCACCUCGCCUAUGGGGAGAACGGGACUGGAGACAAGAUCCCUGGCUCCGCGGUGCUGAUCUUUGACGUCCACGUCAUUGACUUCCACAACCCUGAGGAUCCAGUGGAAAUCAAGAUACUGUCCCGGCCCCCUGAGACCUGCAACCAGACCACCAAGUCUGGGGACUAUGUUCGCUACCACUACAACUGCUCCCUGCUGGAUGGCACCAAGCUCUUCUCCUCCCACGACUACGGGGACCCCCAGGAGGCUACCCUGGGGGCCAAUAAGGUGAUCGAAGGCCUGGACACGGGCCUGCAGGGCAUGUGUGUGGGAGAGAGGCGGCAGCUCGUGGUGCCCCCGCACCUGGCGCACGGAGAGAGCGGAGCCCGGGGUGUCCCGGGCAGCGCAGUGCUGCUGUUUGAGGUGGAGCUGGUGUCUCGGGAGGAGGGGCUGCCCACCGGCUACCUGUUUGUGUGGCACGAGGACCCUCCUGUCAACCUGUUUGAAGGCCUGGACCUCAACAAGGAUGGCGAGGUCCCCCCGGAGGAGUUCUCCGCCUUCAUCAAAGCUCAAGUCAGUGAGGGCAAAGGACGCCUCAUGCCUGGGCAGGACCCAGAGAAGACCAUAGCAGACAUGUUCCAGAACCAGGACCGCAACCAGGAUGGCAAGAUCACUGUCGAGGAGCUCAAACUGAAGUCAGACGAAGACCAGGAGCGAGUCCAUGAGGAGCUCUGAAGGGCAGGGGCCUGGGCCCAAAUGCAAAGGCCCACUUCUCGGGGGGGGUGGGGGGACAGUGGGCGGUGGGGCUGACCUUCCAAGGGUCACCGUCCCCUGUGCUGGCAUGUUGGCUGGGAGCAUCUAAAAAGUGGUCAGAGAUGACUCUGGUCUUGCCACCAGCCCGAGAGUAAAAUCCACAGCACAGACCUCUAUUCAGGUUUUCUCUUCCCACCCCACACCCCUCACUUACAAGUUUUGGAGUCACAAAGCCAAUCCGGUGAUUGGUGGAGUCUAGGGGCUGGAUGCGGCCACUGCUGGCCCCUCACCCAUACCUCCCCUCCGCAUCACCAUACAAUGAACACGGCCAGCCGAGCUCACCAUUUCAUUUCCCCAAGCUUCCCUUUUAUCUGUACUUUUCCUUGCUGUCCCCAAGCACCCCCCUACAGCCCCCAUUUCUGUGUCGAAGCAGCUCCCAGGAGUAUGAACCAGGACUGUCCAGACCCUCAGCCUUCCUCUCUCAGUUCUGGCUGGCUUCUAGGAAGGGCCUCCCCCCUUACUUGUUCCCCCACACCUAUCCCAUCCCCCCUCACUCCAUCCAGUAGCAGGCUGAAGGCCCCUGGGGUGCUGCAGUCAGGGCUGGGUUUGCGUUGCCUUUCAUCCCUAAGGAAGGCUGCUUUCUCGAAGGGACAGAGAACCGGAAGAGUAGGAAGGGUAACUACUGGGAUGGGUCUUAGGGCUAUGAAAUCCUUGGGAAAUCCUGGUUUCAGGGCAGAGUUAAACUUGGAAGAGGGGCUCGUUUGGGGUGAGAGGGGAGUGGACAGAGCUCUGCACACUCAAAAGGCUAAAUUGGUGUCAGAUCCCUUUCUCCUUUGUGCCAAAUAAAAGACUAAAC